CUUGGAACGGAUACCUGCUUGCUCGCGAAUCACCAUCUCAUUUCAAGAGUACUCGAACUCCGCAUAAUGUUCCACCCUCUGCCACGAGAAAUAGUGGAUCACAUCUUUGACUACCUGCACGGCGAUAUCUCUUCCCUCGCAGCCUCUUCACUCGUAUGCAGGUUCUGGCUACCAACCACCUCUUUCGGACCCUGACGUGCAAGCCAUUACGGCCCUCCGCAUCUGUCCCCGCUCUCAACCUGUGGCUAUCGCAUUGUCCCGACGUCGCGCCGUAUGUGCAUGAGCUUCGGAUUCAUGAGGACCCAGCGGCUGCCGUAUAUACAUUUGACGAAGCUGUGGGGCAAGACGACCUUGAAGCACUCAUGCGCCUGCUCCCAAACCUCAAGGACGUUCAUAUCAGUCAGGUCAUUUUCCGACCAUUCCCUCCCGGAGCCUCUCCCCCAGUGCCCUCUAACAAACCCCUCAGGCGACUGACCAUGGAUGGUUGUGAUAGCUUCCAUCCAGCUGAUGAAGUUCCUGGGAUCUAUGGGGUCUUUUCACUAUUCAGCGCCAUCGAGGUCCUUCGUAUAUGCGAUACAUGGCUCUCCCAGGCAUCAAUCGACGUGGUUUCCGCCUACUGGACUCGGCUACAAUCUCGUCUGCACGUACAGAAUCUCUCCGUAGAAAGUCAAUUCUGUAUGGUACACCCCGCCGUACGACAACUCCUGCGAUACGUCCUCCACGUCCCCUCGCUGCGCGGGCUUUGGCUUGAUUUUGGGGACGUUGCGGAGAGUGCUGCCCCCAACACCGUCUUAGACGACCCACGCUUGCAAUUGCGAGACUUGGGCAUCAACACUUCCAGGCUUGCACUGCAUAAGUCGGCGAGGAGUCAAGAAUUGCCGCCAGCCCCGCGAUGGCGUAUACCCGCCCUGGGCGCCGCGAAGACCAUCGAGCGAAUCACCCUACAAUUCGCCCCCGACUCAGACGGAAUGCUGUCUAGACUCGGUGAUGAUGUCAUCGGCAGAAACACCGACAUCCUACGCUCUGCGCCGCCGGGUGUGCAAGAGGUCGUUCUUCAUUUCCCUAGAGUCCCUAUCAACGGAAUUGUCCGCGAGGACGCCGUGCGCUUGGUGCUGCAUCACCCUCGGUGGUUGGACGGCAGGGAGUUUGACGAUGCGCUUGUUGCGCUGCCUGGUCUCAGGACGGUCACUGUUCUUGUGGACCAUGACGACGGCGGGGUCGGUGGACGCGAACCUCUGGUGUUCAGCUGGAUAAGCCCUCUGCCAGACGGGACGGUGAUCAAGCGGGCGGCGGCCUCAGAAGGCAGGGAGUAUAUGGCGUCCUUGGAGAAGGCGCUGCCUCGAUCGCGCUCCAAAGUCGACAUCAAGCUCAUGCUGAUCUGUGUGGAUGACGCAGGACUCUGGUAAGCAUGCAUGCGGCAGUGAUUGAGGAGGCGGGUCGGCAAGGGUCUGUUUAGAGUUGGAGUGGGUGUUACAAUGUACAAUGUACGAUAUACGAAUACGCAAUGGAGCAAACCGAGUGCAGGCGC